CAGAUGUGAAGAGUGAUUCAUGUUUGGAUAUAGAAAUAACGUCCUCAACAUCAAAAGAGCGACUGACAGCACAAACUCUUUCCUGCAUCACCUGUGGAAAGACAUUCAGCUCACAGAGACAUUUAGAGAGACAUGAGAGAAAACACACAGAACAGAAACUCUUCACCAGAUCUGAGAUCAGCUUUACUACCUUACAAGAGAAGAAACUUCAUUCAGAAGACCACAGAGAGAAGAAGAAGAAGAAGAAGAAGCAGUUUCACUGUGAGCAGUGUGGGAAGAUUUGUCUCUCUUCCUAUAAACUAAAUGUUCACAUGAGGACACACAGUGGUGAAAAGCCUUUCUACUGCACUGAAUGUGGAAAUUACUUCAGAACCAAACACAAUCUUAAAGUUCAUAAGAGACUUCAUACAGGUGAAAAACCUUACGAGUGUCCUCACUGUGAGAAGAGAUUUAGGCGUAAACGUGGUCUGAAGAGACAUGUGCUUUCACACACCAAUGAGAGACCGUAUCAGUUCAGUGAAUGUGACAAAAACUUUAGGGAUUCACGUUCUUUAAAAAAACACCAGAAUAUUCACAUUAAAGAGAAACUCCAUCAGUGUUCACACUGUGAUAAAUGUUACGGUCAUAAAUAUCAGCUGAUAGUCCAUGAGAGAGUUCAUACUGGAGAAAAACCUUAUCACUGUAGUGUAUGUGGGAAGAGUUUUAGUCAUCAAACUACAUUACUAUGUAACAAGAGACUUCAUACAGGUGAAAAACCUUUUAAAUGCUCUCAGUGUGACUUGACGUUUGCUUGUUCAGGUCACUUCAAAGUCCAUCAGAGAGUUCACACUGGAGAGAAACCUUACGUCUGCUCUCACUGUGGAAAGAGCUUCUCUAGUUCAUCUCAAUUCAUAGUUCAUCAGAGAGUUCAUACUGGAGAGAAACCUUAUCACUGUAGUGUCUGUGGGAAGAGUUUUAGUCAAAAAACUACAUUACAAUGUCAUAAGAGAAUUCAUACAGGUGAAAAACCUUACAAAUGCUCUCAGUGUGACAUGACGUUUUCUCAGUCAAAUUCCUUAAAAUCCCAUGAGAGAAUUCAUACUGGAGAGAAACCUCAUCACUGUAGUGUCUGUGGGAAGAGUUUUAGUCAAGGGUCUUCAUUACUAAAGCACCAGAGAAUUCAUACAGGUGAAAAACCUUUCAAAUGCUCUCAGUGUGACAAGACGUUUACUUGUACAAGUAACUUAAAAUACCAUCAGAGAGUUCAUACUGGAGAGAAACCUCAUCACUGUAGUCUCUGUGGGAAGAGUUUUAGUCAAGGGUCUUCAUUACUAAAGCACAAGAGAAUUCAUACAGGUGAAAAACCUUUCAGAUGCUCUCAGUGUGACAAGACGUUUUCUCAGUCAAAUCACUUACAAGCCCAUAAGAGAGUUCAUACUGGAGAGAAACCUUAUCACUGUAGUGUCUGUGGGAAGAGUUUUAGUGUAAAUGCUACAUUACUAAAGCACCAGAGAAUUCAUACAGGUGAAAAACCUUUCAAAUGCUCUCAGUGUGACAAGACGUUUGCUCAGUCAGAUUACUUACAAGCCCAUCAGAGAGUUCAUACUGGAGAGAAACGUUAUCACUGUAGUGUCUGUGGGAAGAGUUUUAGUCAACGGACUUCAUUACUAAAGCACCAGAGAAUUCAUACAGGUGAAAAACCUUUCAAAUGCACUUAGUGUGACAAGACGUUUGCUCAGUCAGGUUACCCACAAGCCCAUCAGAGAGUUCAUACUGGAGAGAAACGUUAAAGCUGAAGGUAUACUAGGGAGGUCUGCAUGACGUCAUUUUUGUAAUCAGGAGAAAAUGACCAUACGCAUACAAUACGCGUUCAACAGCGCAUGUGUGAGAAAAUAUUGAGACGGGACACCCCACUACAAACUAUUACAAAAAGGCAAUAUACAGCAUUUGCACACACACUAUUGUUUUUUCUUCUUUUAUUUUCACUUAUUUCAAGAACAGAAAGCUGUGGAGCAUUUUCAUCACCCUAAUGUUUGAUUCCUAGUCUUUGUUUUCUUCUUGUUUCUUUUAAACUUUGUUUGCCAUGGUGGAUUGUCUACUUUUCUUCACCUAUCCUACAUUUUUUUAUGGCGCUUUUCUGUUGCAUAGUACCUCACGGUUUGGUUUGGGGUCAGCUUAGUUUUGGGAGCUUUUCCACUGAGUGAAGUACGUAGUACCCGAUACUUGUUUUAGUACCACCUCGGUUGGGGUUUUAAGCGACCUGAGCUGAUACCAAACAUGACGCGAAAACACUGUAGAUCACUGAUUGGUCUGAGAGAAUCGUCACUAUCAGUGUAAUUGCUAUAAUGUAAAAGAUUAGCUUUACCUUAGUGCUAGCUUGCGGUGUCUCGAGCAAACAUGUUGUCAUCUGUGCUCUGCUAUAAGUUCCCAAACUCCCUUUAGCGAUGAAAAACAUCUACAGGUUGAGAAUCAAGAACACCAUAACAGUUUUUUUUCAGACUUGCAGUUUGUGGCGGCACAUUCGCGAUGCACACGUAUGCUUAAAGGCGGAGUCCAUGAUGUUUGAAAGCCAAUGUUGAUAUUUGAAAUCACCUAAACAAACACGCCCCUACCCCAAUAGAAUCUGGACCUUCUGUUGAUAGACCCGCCCCACACAUACGCAACCCGGCAUUUGAUUUGAUUUGAUUGGCUAUAAGUGUGUUUUGGUAGUCGGCCCGUCUCCUUUUCCAAACCGUUUUUCAAACAUCGUGGACUCCGCCUUUAAAUGCAACUUAUGAGGCUUAGCGGAGCGUGUUAACUGAUGCCACAGGUGUUUGAACAGAAACUGUCAUGUGAGACCGAGGUAGUGAUAAAUGCGAUGUGCAAACAUCUAUUUUGAUGAUCAAUUUUAGUUUUGUGGCAGACUGAGGAAUAAAUGAAUGUAUGGGAAUGUACAACAAUGCUCUCACUUGUAUGAUGUCACAGCAGUAGGCAGUGCAAAUAUAACAACAUGCCUAUAAUCCCUCCCAUCUGAAAUAAUACUAACUCGAUGGAAAAGCUAACCAAGCCAAAGUUAAGUGAGCUGACCCGACCUGACUCGCAAAUCAGUGCGGCUCUGAUGGCCUGGUAGAGAUAUAAUUUGAAUGAGAAAUCAUUUGUAUUGUGUACAGUCGUGGCCAAAAGUUAGCAAUUUGCAUAUACUCCAGAAUGUUGAAUGAAGAGUGAUCAGAUAAAUUGCAUAGUCCUUCUUUGCCAUGAAAAUUAACUUAAUCUCAAAAAACCUUUCCACUGCAUUUUAUUGCUGUCAUUAAAGGACCUGCUGAGAUAAUUUCAGUAAUCGUCUUGUUAACUCAGGUGAGAAUGUUGACGAGCACAAGGCUGGAGAUCAUUAUGUCAGGCUGUCGUAGUGUGCCCCGAGUGAGGCCAAGGGGAGGUGGUAGGAAGGCUUGGAUCACACAAACUUCAUUUCCAAGAGUUGUUUAUUACAACGAUAUGACGCAGCAUGGCGUGAGUGACAAAUUCAAAAAAGUGCAAAAAAAUAAAAUAAAAUUAUCUUCAGCAAAACAUUUCAUACAAAGGCAUUCAAAUCAGUGCCAACUUUGUCAGUACCUUGACAAAGAAAAAUGCUUUAUGCAGCAAAAAAGCUUAAGUUUAACACACGACCCUCUGUCCCCCGGUGUACUGCCCAGACUCACUUAAAUAACCUAGGCCAAUCUUACUAAUUGAUGAGCCCUACCAAAUUCAGGGAUCACUGUUGCAACAUUUUACCUACAUAAACAUAAAAUGCACAGAAGACAGCAAAUUAAAGUACAAUCUUUAACUACCCAACAUUAAAAUGUACUGCUAUAAACAGCAUCAAACAAGCACUGACCAUAAACCCAAACAAAAGGCAUUAUUCAUUUUCCCCUACACCACAAAAUGGUUUGGCCCAAAUGAAUAAAUAUGCAAGACAGUUGUCCCGCCCUCCCUAAGGCGGAGUCACAUAACCAGGAAGUAGUGAGUAUGCCACAUGCUAUACAAUAGCCAUUGUUAAUAUACUCUGAUUGAAAUAAAUUGUGUUUAAACUCAAAAUAGCUUCAGUGUGUUUCAUUAUACAUUAUUGGGAUCACUGUUGCAGGUACUCAGCUUAGCAUUAAUCAAUAAUAUGUGCACCUAUUAAUGAACAACACAUAGCAUAUGUGCACUGCAUGUGCUCAGAUAGAAUUUAAGAUAAGCACAUAAAACACAACCCACAGAACCCAAUGUUAAUGAUUAAUGAUUAUUUAAAAAGACAGGUAUCCAUACACCUAAAGUGAGAUUCUACACCAAGGUAGAACGAUAGUGAUGACAACAUCACAUACCCCCCCCCUUAAGCCCGUCACUAAUCACAGUGACGGGACAGAAAGUCCGCAAUCACAUUCUGGGUUCCAACAUUAUACCUCACUUGAAAUUUAAAAGGUUGUAGAGAAAGAUACCAGCGUGUAAUGCGGGCAUUGCUGUCUUUCAUUCUAUGAAGCCAUUGUAAUGCCCGAUGAUCAGUCUCUAGGAUAAAGUCUUUGCCAAUGAGGUAAUACUUCAAGGUGUCCAAAGCCCACUUAAUAGCUAGAGCUUCUUUCUCUAUCGUAGAGUAGUUUACCUCGCCUGGAAACAGCUUCCGACUGAUAUACUGCACAGGCCUACGGUUUCCACUGUCGCCUUGUAACAGUACAGCUCCUAGCCCGACCCCAGAGGCAUCUGUUUGCACACAAAAGGGAAGUUCAAAGUUGGGGCUUUGUAACACCGGGUCCUGACACAAACAGUCUUUAAGAUCCUGAAAAGCUGCUUCACAUUCAGAAGACCAAACAACCUUCUGAGGGCUGUUCUUACGGGUGAGGUCUGUUAGUACAGCGGCUCUGCUAGAGAAAUUGGGAAUAAAGCGCCUGUACCAACCUACCAGACCCAAAAAGGACCUCACCCGCUUCUUGGUUGUUGGAGGCGGACAUGACCGCACUGCCUUAACUUUGUCUAGUUGGGGUUUUAUUACUCCACCCCCUAGUACAUACCCCAGGUAAGUCACUUCCGCUUUGCCAGAUGGCAUUUAGUGGCAUUAGCCACCAAUCCUGCAUCACGAAUUUUGGAGAACACAAAUGGCAAAAUCCUCUGUACCUCUUAGUACAUGGUCCAUAGUCCUCUGAAAAGUUGCUGCAGCUCCAUGAAGGCCAAAGGGCAUGACCCUAAAAUGAAAGAGACCACUUGGGACCCUGAAAGCAGUUAGCUCCUUAACACUGUCAGCUAAGGGUAUCUGCCAAUAUCCCUUACAUAAGUCUAGUGUGCUCAGAUAUUUGGCAUUCCCAAGGCGUUCCACUAGUUCAUCAACCCUAGGCAUGGGAUACGGGUCAAAGGCAGAGAUGGAAUUCAACUUAGAAAAGUCUAUGCAGAAUCUAAGGGUACCAUCCUUUUUCGGCACCAGGACAACAGGACUGCACCAUUCACUCCUGGAAGGCUCAAUUAUACCCAUUUCCAACAUUGUCUCCACUUCCUUCUUCAAGUCUGAGAUAAGCCUUGCAGGAAUCCUGCAACAUGUCUGUCGUACUGGCCCUGGUGAUAGGAGUCGGAUAUCAUGUUUCAUUACCUCAGUUCUGCCUGGCCUCUCGUUGAAAAGGCCCUCUGGAAUCAAAGAUCGUAGGUUCUUCUGCUGCUCUGAUGUUAGAUGUCCAAGCUCUGGAAGGACCAUGGAAUCCUUGACUGUUGGGAAGUAUUGCUCAAUAGACUCUUCCUCCACCUUCCGUGCAGUAGCUGGUCUGACAACGGCUCUGGUCUGUCCUGCCAGGGUCUUAGAAGGUUGAUAUUAAAGACUUGCUUCUUCUUUCGACGAUCUGGCAGAUGGAUCUCAUAAUUUGUAGGACUUAUUUUCCUCAGUAUCUCGUAGGGGCCCUGCCACUUGGCAAGUAGACCACUGUCCAAAGUUGGGAGAAGCAGUAGCACUUUUUGGCCCACCCUCAGAGUUCUCUUCCGUGAAGACUGGUCAUACCAUGCUUUUUGCCGCUUCUGAGCAUUGGCCAUGUUAGUGUGAACAAGCUCUGCCAUAGUGUCCAUCUUUUCUCUCAUCUUUAGGACAUAAGAGACAAUGUUAGUCCGUUCUUUAGGUAUGUCUCCCUCCCAGGCCUCCUUCAAAAUGUCCAGUGGUCCUCGUACCUGGCGGCCAUAGAGUAAUUCAAAGGGGGAAUAGCCUGUUGAGGCUUGUGGAACCUCUCGAUAGGCAAAAAGCAGAUAUGGCAGCCAUUGAUCCCAGUCUGAGCCGAUCUUUGAGACAAACUUCCGAAGCAUUGCUUUUAAGGUCUGGUUGAAUCUCUCAACCAUCCCAUCAGUCUGGGGGUGGUACGGGGUGGUUUUUAUAGCCUGAAUCCCUAACAUUGAAUAGACUUCCCUGAUCUGCCUGGAGGUAAAAUUUGUACCUUGAUCUGUAAGAACCUCAGUGGGUAUCCCCACCCGAGAAAACAACUGCACUAGAGCAUUGACAAUUUGCCUGGUCUUUACCUUUUUGAGGGGGAAUGCCUCGGGGUACCUAGUAGCAUAAUCACACACCACCAAGAUAUAACGGUUCCCUGAUUUACUCCUCUCUAAAGGUCCCACAAUAUCCAUAGCAACUCUAGUGAAUGGUACAUCAAUUAUGGGUAAACUAACCAGGGGUGCUCUAUCCCCUUUCUUGACUGGGGCUGUUAACUGGCAUUCUGAACAGGACUUACAAAAAUCAAUCACAUCCAUGUACAAACGAGGCCAAUAAAAUCGAUUUGCAAUUCUUGCUAAGGUUUUUUGUUGGCCUAAGUGCCCUGCCCAAGGAAUGGAGUGCCCUAUUUGCAACACUUUAGCUCUCAAUGCCAGGGGGAUGACUAGCUGGUCACCAUCAUCGGUUUUACGAUACAACAUAUCCCUUUUGACUAUAAAGUGAUCUCUGUCCUGAAAUUUUCCUAUGUCUGAGGUAGUAGCUCUCUCAAAUAGACUCUUGAGUGUGACAUCCUGUUUCUGCAACUCAGCAAUAUUGUGAGGUAUAUCAAAGAAGUCAUUACUGUCAGGUUGAGGAAGUUGUUCUACCACAACUGUUCCUUUAACUUUCUCCUGCCUCUUCUCAUGUCUGGACUUUUUUGCUUUGGGCUGGUUAGCAAAAGGUAACACGUUAAGAGCUUGUUUAUUCCUUUCUGCCUGUCUUGUCUCCGCCCUGGUUACUGCUCUGACUUCGGCAACAUUUGUCUGACUUUGCAAUAAGUCAACAAGUACUGGUAGGGCCCUACCCAAAAUAACUGCAUAAGGAGCUUGGUUAACCAUGCCAACUGUCAAAAGGUAAGGUUGGCCUCCUAUUUCCAAGUUCAAGUCCACAGUAGCAUACUCCCUUUUAUCACCAUGUAUGCAACGUACCCUUAGCUUGCUAUGGCUGUCCAUGUUGAGAUGUCUCACACACUCCUCUCUUACUAAUGUUUGGCUAGCACCAGUAUCUACCAAAGCCUUGAACUGUUUGCCCCCUAUUACCACAUCAACCACCGUAUCAGAAUUUUGAAAAGCUUCCUUACCUGCCUGAGAAGGUCUAGGAACAUAACAAAGGUGUGUAUCACUGACUCUUCGUACUGUACACUCUGAUUUCUUGUGUCCUGCUUGGCCACAUGCAUGACAAAUUAACACUUGUUUAUCUUUGCGUUGACUAUCCGCCUGAUAACUUUUGGGGUUAUUGAAAGACUUAUCUUGUAGGGUUUGGGAGCUAGGGCCUUUGCUGAAGUUAUAAUGUAAACCACCUCCGACCACUUUCCCAGACUUACCUGCCAUAUUGUAGGUACUGCCUUGACUGUAUCCCAGUUGAUAAGUGGAUCGUCUAGCCGCGAUGAAAGUUUCAGCCAGCUCGGCUGCUUGUCUUGAGGAGGUAGGGUUGUGUUCACAAAUCCAGGUUCUGAUUUCAGGGUUAAUCACUCUAAGAAACUGUUCCAAGACAAUCAUCUCUCCUAUUUCCUCCUUGGUCUUGUCCUUUGGUGUAAUCCAUUUGUCAUAAAGGUCUUUCAGUCUUGCCUGCAGCUCUUUGGGGGACUCACCUUGUUGAAGUGUGUUUGCUCUAAAGCGACGUCUGUAGGUCUCUGCAUUAAUUUCAAACUUGUCCAGAAUUGCUUUUUUGACCUUGUCAUACAUAAAAGUAUCUGUGAGCUCCAUCGCCACGUAGGCUGCUCUUGCUUUGCCUGAUAACAGUGGCACCAAGUGCAGUGUCCAGUCCUGAACCGGCCAUCUACAGGUUUGAGCAAUUCGUUCAAAGGUAGUUAAGUAGUGCUCUAUAUCAUCAUCUUCUUGCAACGGUAACAUCUUUGGGCCUUGCCAGCCCAUCCAAUGUGGUGGCUCUGCUGCUUGAGAUGGCACUGGUGAUUGUACCACAUCAUCUCCUUGGAGGCUGCUCUGCCUUCUAUGGUCUCUGAGAUUGGGAAAGUCUGUGUUCUGUGGCCAGGAGGACGAAGAGAUGGCUUGCGCUGGCAUACCUCCCAAUGCUUGACGCUCCAGCCGUUCUCGCUGUACCUCUGCCUGUAAUUGCCCGAACUGAUGCUGAAGAGCACGCCAUCUGUGUUCCUGUCGCUGUGCUUCCGUUUCCAGCCGCGCCUCUCUAUCCUUUUGAGACUGCAUGAAGCUUUCCAGCAUCCUGCUCAGAUGUUCCAUCUUUGCUCCAGUUGGCUCGGUUAUCGAAGAAGAGGUUGCCUCAGUCACAGCACCUCCUUGGUCUGGAACCAGUUCGAUACACUCCUCAACCUCACCCACUGUUCUUUGCAUUGUUUGCUUCUUGGGUGGCAUCCUUGUGUAUACCUGAAGCCUCCUACUGCACUGAAAAAACCGCUGCCACCAUUUGUCAUAGUGUGCCCCGAGUGAGGCCAAGGGGAGGUGGUAGGAAGGCUUGGAUCACACAAACUUCAUUUCCAAGAGUUGUUUAUUACAACGAUAUGAUGCAGCAUGGCGUGAGUGACAAAUUCAAAAAAGUGCAAAAAAUAAAUAAAUAAUUAUCUUCAGCAAAACAUUUCAUACAAAGGCAUUCAAAUCAGUGCCAACUUUGUCAGUACCUUGACAAAGAAAAAUGCUUUAUGCAGCAAAAAAGCUUAAGUUUAACACACGACCCUCUGUCCCCCGGUGUACUGCCCAGACUCACUUAAAUAACCUAGGCCAAUCUUACUAAUUGAUGAGCCCUACCAAAUUCAGGGAUCACUGUUGCAACAUUUUACCUACAUAAACAUAAAAUGCACAGAAGACAGCAAAUUAAAGUACAAUCUUUAACUACCCAACAUUAAAAUGUACUGCUAUAAACAGCAUCAAACAAGCACUGACCAUAAACCCAAACAAAAGGCAUUAUUCAUUUUCCCCUACACCACAAAAUGGUUUGGCCCAAAUGAAUAAAUAUGCAAGACAGUUGUCCCGCCCUCCCUAAGGCGGAGUCACAUAACCAGGAAGUAGUGAGUAUGCCACAUGCUAUACAAUAGCCAUUGUUAAUAUACUCUGAUUGAAAUAAAUUGUGUUUAAACUCAAAAUAGCUUCAGUGUGUUUCAUUAUACAUUAUCGGGAUCACUGUUGCAGGUACUCAGCUUAGCAUUAAUCAAUAAUAUGUGCACCUAUAAAUGAACAACACAUAGCAUAUGUGCACUGCAUGUGCUCAGAUAGAAUUUAAGAUAAGCACAUAAAACACAACCCACAGAACCCAAUGUUAAUGAUUAAUGAUUAUUUAAAAAGACAGGUAUCCAUACACCUAAAGUGAGAUUCUACACCAAGGUAGAACGAUAGUGAUGACAACAUACAACCCGUCAUCACACAGGCUGAUUGGGUUAGAAUGGCAGACUUGACAUGUUUAAAAGGAGGAUGAUGCUUGAAAUCAUUGUUCUUCCAUUGUUAACCAUGGUGACCUGCAAAGAAACGUGUGCAGCCAUCAUUGUGUUGCAUAAGAAAUGGCUUCACAGGCAAGGAUCUUGUGGCUACUAAGAUUGCACCUAAAUCAACAAUUUAUAGGAUCAUCAAGAACUUCAAGGAAAGAGGUUCAAUUCUUGUAAAGAAGGCUUCAGGGCGUCCAAGAAAGUCCAGCAAGCGCCAGGAUCGUCUCCUAAGGAGGAUUCAGCUGCGGGAUCGGAGUGUCACCUUUGCUCAGGAAUGGCAGCAGGCAGGUGUGAGCGCAUCUGCACGCACAGUGAGGCGAAGACUUUUGGAAGAUGGCCUGGUGUCAAGAAGGGCAGCAAAGAAGCCACUUCUCUCAAAAAAAAACCAUCAGGGACAGAUUGCUCUUCUGCAGAAAGUAUAUUGAAUGGACUGCUGAGGACUGGUGCAAAGUCAUAUUCUCCAAUGAAGCCCCUUUCCAUUUGUUUGGGGCAUCUGAAAAAAGGCUUGUCAGGAGAAGAAAAGGUGAGCGCUACCAUCAGUCCUGUGUCAUGCCAACAGUAAAGCAUCCUAAAACUAUUCAUGUGUGUGGUUACUUCUCAUCCAAGGGAUUAGGCUCACUCAAAAUUCUGCCCAAAAACACAGCCAUGAAUAAAGAAUGUUACCAAAAUGGUUAAUCCCAUUAAGAACUUGUGCAGUCAAUUCUCAAGAGGCGGGUGAACAAACAAAAACCCACAGAUUCUGACAAACUCCAAGAAGUGAUUAUGAAAGGAUGGGUUGCUAUCUGUCAGGAUUUGGCCCCGAUUUGAUUGAGAGCAUGCCCAGUCGAAUUGCAGGGGUCCUGAAAAAGAACGGCCAACACUGCAAAUACUGACUCUUUGCAUAAAUGUCAUGUAAUUGUCGAUAAAAAACUUUGAAACGUAUGAAGUGCUUGUAAUUAUAUUUCAGUACAUCAUAGAAACAACUGAAACAAAGAUCUUAAAACAGUUUAGCAGCAAACUUUGUGAAAACUAAUAUUUAUGUAGUUCUCAAAACUUUUGGCCACAACACUACAUUUCCAACACGGGUAGCUGAGUAUGCUUUGAAAGCUGUGUGUGAGCUGGACAUGGGAAAAAGUAUACUCGGCCCUUAAGUCUGCUCUCACUGUGGAAUAAGCUUCUGUUAUCCAUUUCAAUUCAGAGAUCAUCAGAGAGUUCAUACUGGAGAGAAACCAUAACACAGUAGUGUCUGUGGGAAGAGUUAAUCAACAGUCAAACUUUAUAAAGCACCAGUGACCUUAAUAAGGUUAUGACACCAAAAAUAGCUUUAAAUAUUAUUAAAUCGUAGCUAAACCCUAAACCAACUUUUUAGUUAAUGAUCUGUAAGAAUGGGGCUUUAUUAGUGCUGUUCAUUGAUUCGAGUAACAUUUUUGACAUUUGGGUACUAGGUGAUGUAAGCUGUACGGUGUGACAUAAGCAGGUUCAAGCUCGCCUCGCUCUUGUUACGAUCUCACCACACCCUUGGCAAGAUUCUCCAUUUUAGAGUCUGACAGCAGCAGCCCCCAAACUUUUCUUGCAUUUUGCAAAUAUUGCCAGUGGGUGGAGUCUGGGGUUUAGUUACCCUUUGAUAGUAAAAUAAGAACAAAUAAUCAAAUUAUGAGCAAUAUCGCAGAUAAAUACAACAGAACAAACAAACAAAUUAAAUAAAACUGUGCUGCUCAUGUUUUCAGAUUGAUCUAACAGUUCUGUAUUUUGGAGUUAAGGUGGCAAGCUGGUAAAGGGUGUAUGUGUCUGGGAGCAAACAUACUGUUCAUAACUAUAUACAAUAGUGUUAAUUCAUGUUGUUUUUCAUAUUUUAUUUACACAUUUAUCAUUUUUAUCUCUUUAAUGAACUAUUUUUUAUGUGUCAAACUCGUUUAUUUUAUAUUGUGUGCUGUGUGAUUUUACAAAUUGGUUUUAAAGUUUUAAUGUCCUGGGAUCACAAUGUCAUUAAUUGUUCAUUUAAGAAAGGAACUGUUCAGAUUAUUCAGUAAAUGCUUUGUUCAUUUUUACAAUGAUUACGUCUCCUGACUUUUGCUAUAGGCAUAUUCUCUGGGCUGAUAUUAAAGUUUACAUAAUUAUUCAGUAUUCUGUCAGUCUUUUUAUUUUUUCUAGGAAAGUUAAAGGACCUGUUAUUGCUUAGAGAUCAUCUUGACCAGAUGCACAGUUUGAUAUGGUAGCACAAUAUAAAUGAACUGCAAGAGCUUGUAGAGAUGAGUAAAGACUGCGUAGAGGAACACCACUAUAUUUUGAGUAUAUUUUGCAUA